UAGAGCAUUCAAACAAAAAAAGAAAGAAAACGAAAAAUGUUUAGCCUUGAUCGAAUUAUGCAUAGCAGUGUUAUCACGUGGCCAUGGCUUCUUCCUCUAACAAUGUUGCUAUUCUCUUCUCUAUUAUUCCUCCUUACAAAAAAGAUGAAGUUAAAUGUGAUUGUUCAUCAUCCUCCAACCCCACCAAAGCUUCCUUUCAUAGGUCAUCUACAUCUGGUCACCUCUCUCCCUCAUCGUUCUUUUCGUCACCUUUCAAGAAAAUACGGCCCCGUCAUGCUCCUCAAACUCGGCUCUAUCCCGACCGUUGUAGUCUCCUCCGCCACUGCUGCCAAAGAGGUGUUAAAAGUUCACGACCUUGCCUCAUGCAGCCGCCCGCGCUCGACUGCUAAUGCAAGAUUUUCAUACAACUAUCUAGACAUUGGGUUUGCUCCGUAUGGCGAUCAUUGGAGGAAAGUUCGAAAGAUUAGUGUUCUUGAGCUCUUCAGCGCAAGACGAGUGCAAUCGUUUCAAAACAUAAGAGAAGAAGAGAUUGGUGUGAUGUUAAACUCCAUUUCUCAAUCUUCAUUAUUGUUAUCUAAUGAUCCAGUUGAUUUGAGUGAGAAAUUUUACUCACUCACUGCAAAUAUGAUAACUCGGAUAGCUUUUGGGAAGAAGUUUAGAGGGGGUGAGUUAGAUAAUGAGAAUUUUCAGAAGGUUAUUAGAAGAGCAAUGGCAGCAGUGGGAAGCUUUUCAGCAGCUGAUUAUCUUCCUAUAGUGGGUUGGAUUAUUGAUUGGGUUAGUGGUGUUCAUAGCAGAUUGGAGACGAGUUUUAAUGAGUUGGAUGCUUUUUUUCAACAUAUAGUGGAUGAUCGUAUCAACUUUAGGGAGAGUUGUUCGUCUCACAAUAACAAUGGUGAUGGAUAUGAUCAAGAGAACAUUGUCGAUGUUUUGUUGAAAAUGGAGAAGAAUAGCUCUCAAUAUGGUGAAGUGAAACUCACCAGAGAUUGCAUCAAAGCACUCAUCAUGGAUAUAUUUCUUGCUGGAGUGGAAACAGGAGCCAGCACACUUGUUUGGACAAUGGCAGAGUUGAUAAAAAAUCCAAAGGUAAUGAAAAAGCUACAAAAUGAGAUCAGAAAUUGUGUAAAAGAAAAUAAAAUGGUAAAAGAGAAUGACCUUCAGAACCUUGAAUAUCUAAAAGCAGUGGUGAAGGAAGUGCUAAGGUUACAUACACCAGCCCCACUUCUCCUUCCAAGAGAAGCCAUGUCUCAUUUUAAGCUAAAUGGUUAUGAUAUUCUUCCCAAAACUCACAUCUACGUCAACGCGUGGGCAAUCGGACGGGACCCGGAAAUAUGGACAAACCCAGAAGAGUUCAUACCAGAGAGAUUUAUAGGAAGUAAUAUUGAUUACAAAGGACAAAAUUUCGAGUUAUUGCCGUUUGGAUCGGGUCGGAGAAUUUGCCCUGGAAUGAAUAUGGCAAGCUUUACAGUGGAGCUAGCAUUGGCUAAUGUAUUGUUGUGCUUUGAUUGGAAAUUAGCAAAUGGAAUGAAAGAAGAAGAUGUGGAUAUGGAAGAGGAAACUGGUCUUGCUGUUGCUAAGAAAUCUCCUCUUCAACUUGUUCCUGUCCAUUACUUCAACUCCAAAGCAUAGUUUUUUAGUUGUUAUUUAUUGGAAAAAAAAUGAAAGUCUGUACUCAAAUUAUGGUCAAGUUGUGUCAAUUUAUAUUGUAAUUUUAGAUUAUGAAAUCUUUGUAAAUUCUCAGGAAAAAAAAGAAUAAUAUAUGGAACUAUGUAUUGAAAA